AUGGAUUUGGCAAGCCUUCUCCACGGCGCCGCCCCAGCCCCCAAGCUGUAUACUGAGACCUACGGCAAGCGCUCGCUACAAGCGCCUCUUUCGCCCCCAGUGGAGGAUCAACCCAAGUGUUCAUUGCCUUCGAUCUCCACGUUGCUCGAGGGUGCUGAUGGAGCUCAGCACUCAGCUAAGCGCCAACGUCUGAGCCCACCUGCUCACCAGCGCGAUGCUCGCUACGACACCGUCUGCCUGCCUCCCACUCCCCCACUCCGUCCAGGCUCGGGAUCUGGUCACAGCAGCGUCGCCCACUCCCCCGUCGAGCUCAACACUCCCAAACACACUUCGCACCGCUCCUCCAUCUCCAGCACCACCAGCUCCACCGCCCCUCAACCUCACCACUCCCACGGACCCUACGCCUCUCCAGCACCCAGCAUCUCUUCCUCCACCUCAACAUCAACCUACACCUCCCCGGUGGAAUCCAACCCACCCAACAACACAACCCUCUACUACCCCCGUCCUCCAAGCAUCACAACCUUCAACCCACCCACAAUCAACACCUCCACCUCUCCAACAAUCCAACAACAAGCCGCUCCAACCCAACAAUCCCCCUCAACGAUGAUCUCCCCCGUCACUCCUGCUUGGCAACACCAACACCACCACUACUUCCCCCCUCCAGUGCAGCCCCCUACCAACAAAACCACGACCGAUAUAUCUGCCGGACCUGCCACAAGGCCUUCUCCCGGCCCUCCAGUCUGCGCAUUCACUCGCACUCGCACACGGGCGAGAAACCCUUCCACUGCACGCAUCCCGGCUGUGGAAAGGCCUUCUCCGUGCGCAGUAACAUGA